ACCCUGGGGACUGACACCACACCCAUCUGUGAGUGUGUGUGUGUGUGUGUGUGUGUGUGUGUGUGUGUCGUCCAGCAUAUGCUCUGUUGUGUUUCUUCGUCUUGUUCUCAGUGGAUGGUGAGUUGGUGCCUGCAGGUUCUCAGAGCUGGUUGACGUCAUCAUGGAGUUUUCUGAAACUCCUGCUCCUGGAACUCCUUCUAGUGCAACUGAGGCCAUGACGAAGGGUCCAGUCACAGACGAUGGAGAUUUCGCAGCCUUGAUUGGAGGAAUGGUCGGCGGCGUGCUGCUGCUGCUGAUCUGUGUGAUAACGGUGCUGCUGUGGUGUUUGUCCCGGCAGAAAGGCUCGUACGUCACCAACGAGACGGACGACGACAUCGACGACGACGACGACGACGAGUCUGUGGGCUCUGACACGGCGCUCCAGAGCAAAGAGCCUCUGAAGGCCAAAGACGAGGAAUAAAAGACCGACCAGAGAAACUGUGGAGGACUCAAGAGUCUGUAGAUCUGAGGAGACUGUUUUAAUCUGAACGAAGCAAAUUUGCACAUCGAUGCCGCCAAAUAUCAGAAAGACAAAAGCAUUUUUUUAUUUCAGUGACAUUUGAUUAAAAAAAAACAAGAGUCAGCCUGUUUAACGUUAAUCAGGAGAAUCUGCAGCACUAAAACAAACCUCGAGCAGCUUUUUGAAUAUCGUCACACUUUAUUCUUUGCAGAAUAACCUUUAAAUCCAGAACCACUUCCUCCCGAUCCACAGAGAAAUGUCUGGACUCGUUGUUUAAAACCAACAAAUCAGAGAGGCUGCUGGGAAAAAAAACCCCACACCUGAGCUCUCGGCUGCAGGUGAUUUUCCAGCCUGGCAGAUUCUUUUUCUUUGUUUGUUUGUUUUUUGUAGUUUUUCAGUAAAUAGACAGAAAAGAAGUUACAACAGAAUGUGAGAGGAAAUAAAAAAGUGAAUAAUUAGCUGCAAUAAUGAAUGUUGUUGUUUUCUACUUCUACUUUUCUACUUGUUGAGUAGUUUUUACUAACUAAAACAGUGCAUAAUAAUAAAGUUGACACUUUUUAACACAG